AUGAAGAAAAGAUCUCGCGCCUGCGAAGCCUGCCAGGCUCUCAAAGUCAAAUGCGAGUUUCCCUCCCCCGACUCAUCGACCUGCGAACGAUGCACUCGCUUUGCCAUCACCUGCGUUCCUGCAGCUAGGAAAUGGCAGAGAGACAGAAUAGCAGAACUCGAAGAUCAGGUCAAGUCUUUGCAGGAGAGACUAGACGGCCAGGCCGUGUCGAGUUAUGCUGCUUCUACGAGGGCCACUUCGGUCUUUUCCACAGAGGGGAACUGGUCUACAACAAACACCCCAUCCGAUCUUGGCUUUCUGGAUGCUCACCUAGACUACGACUCUCAGCUCAAGAGUCUCAAGGCAUGUUCAACCAUUGCUGCGCAAUUCUGGUAUCUUAUUCCUCCCGUGGAUAGCAAUUCGGCCCCAUCACGACUCGAUUCUAUGAGAACCGAGACACCCAUCAAACUCAUGGCCAUGUUCGCCGUCGCUCCUUCUGAAGCCGAAAUCGAUCCCCAGACCCAAGAAGAACUGCGAACAAAGACGCUCGAAAUCAUCGGCAAGGCGGCCGUCGGUCUCAAGAGCCCCUCAGUCGACCUCAUCCAAGCCGCCCUAGUCAUGAGCCUCUGGAUAAAACCCUCUCUCAACAUGAACCACGGCAACCCUAUACAAUUGGCAUUCAUAGCCCAUGACCUCGGCGUUGAACUUGGAUUGGGAGGUUCAGAAUUGCAGACUUCUGCGCCGGCAUGGUUCUUCCGCAUUCAGGGACCUCCUACACUGGAGAUGCAAAAGACUUGGUUAGCUUGUUGGAUGACCUCAACCAUGGCUGCUCUCGGUUUGAGAAGAGCACAUGUGUUUGACUGGGGGAGGUCGCACUACGAGGCCCUUCACGCCUUGGAGGCCGAUGGCUCUGAGCCUUUAUUCUUGGAGAUGCUUCAUACAUCAAGACUCCACGCCCGAAUUGCUGCCGGUCUGGAACUAUGCAACGUCCAUGCCUUUCACGAUGUCGACUCCGAUAUUGCAACAGCCACGAGAAUCCAGACAUACAACGACCUCAAUGCCCUGAGCAGCAGACCGCUCGCACAGAAUGUCCAACUUCGCUUCUGGCGAAUGCUGGCUGCAAUCUAUGUCAACGAGCCAGUGCUGCACACAGCCACCAACAAGAUCCUCUUCGGAUCACCAUAUCUCGCCGAACGCAUUGGCGUCCACGACUUUGCCCGUCCAGCCCAAGUAACACCAACGACGGCCGCCGCACUCAUCUCCUUGGUAGAAGCUUGCCACCUCACCAUCGACACGGUGCUCGAGAUGGAGCCCAGCUUGAUGCUCAGCCUACCAUCGCUCUGCUUUGGACCCGCGGUGAGCUAUACACUGUCGAUUCUGGUCAAGGUGUUCGUGGCAGUGUCUGCGCCAGGGAACACGUACAGCCAGAUACUAACCCGCGAGACACUACACGUCAGAGAAGCCAUGAGGAAACUCAUCUCUGUCAAGGAAAGGCUACUUCAGCUCGAUCCACACAUGGGCAGUUGGAUCACGAGGAUCAUUGGGUCUGUCGAGUGGCUGGGCGUAUGGUUGGACGACUACGAGGGUAUCAUCGAGCAGUAUGAGUCCAAUCUCGAAAGAGAAACAGCCGAGCAUGAUAUCGGAGUGCUCAGCCCCAAUGGGCAUUUCUAA